GGGUAGAUCUGCCCCAUAUGACUUCCAAGGAGCAGCUGGUGGAUUUGAAUUGCUGGCCUUUUUGUUAACAGCCAAGCUCUUAAGCACUGUGCUGCUAUAUAUUUGCUUUGUUUCAUGACAUUUUUUUUCCACCAGGUUUUGUGAUGCGAAGGGAAUUUUUGAAGGGAGAAAGAAAGUAGCUAAGGACAGACUCUGACUUUGGAGGAUGAAGACCUACUAAUUUUGAAUUUUGUUUUAAUUGGAUUGUGGACAGUUAAAAUUUCAGCAUAUUAAUUUAGUUCUAAAUAUAAUCUUGAAAUACACGAUUGUUUCAUAAAUUGAUAAAUUCCAUCAGACAAAUCCUCUUUUUCUAUUUCAGGGACCGCUUACAUCUUAGACGAACUACAGAACAGCACGUUCCAGAGGUGGAAGUCCAAGUCAAACGCAGAAGGACAGCCUCACUGAACAACCAAGAGUGUCAGUUGUACCCAAGGCGUUCCCAGCAGCAGCAAGUACCUGUGGUGGAUUUCCAGGCAGAACUGAGACAGGCAUUCUUGGCUGAGACCCCAAGAGGUGGUUAAAGUGGUAUUGGAAGCCGAUUGCAACAGAAAACCAGGCUCCAUCUACUGUUUGAAGCUUCUGCCCAGCUUGCAUUGUUUAUAGGAGAAUCUACAUCAUACCUUUAUCUGUAGCCUUCCCCUAGGUCUUAAGGAUCCAGAAACACUGAGGACGUUGGAUUUGGCAGAACAGCAAUCAUGACCGUGGGCAAGAGCAGCAAGAUGCUGCAGCACAUUGACUAUAGGAUGAGAUGUAUCCUGCAAGAUGGCCGAAUCUUCAUUGGCACCUUUAAGGCUUUUGACAAGCAUAUGAACUUAAUCCUCUGUGAUUGUGAUGAGUUCAGGAAGAUCAAGCCAAAGAAUGCGAAGCAGCCAGAGCGUGAAGAAAAACGGGUUUUGGGUCUGGUGUUGCUGCGUGGGGAGAACUUGGUUUCCAUGACUGUGGAGGGGCCACCCCCCAAAGAUACUGGCAUUGCUCGGGUUCCACUAGCUGGAGCUGCAGGAGGCCCUGGAGUUGGCAGGGCAGCUGGCAGAGGGGUACCAGCUGGGGUCCCAAUUCCCCAGGCUCCUGCUGGAUUAGCAGGACCUGUCCGAGGGGUUGGAGGCCCAUCCCAACAGGUAAUGACGCCCCAGGGAAGAGGCACUGUAGCAGCUGCUGCAGUUGCUGCCACUGCUAGCAUUGCUGGAGCCCCGACACAGUACCCACCAGGUCGGGGAACCCCACCUCCACCUGUGGGCAGAGCAACCCCACCUCCAGGCAUUAUGGCUCCUCCACCUGGUAUGAGACCACCCAUGGGCCCACCGAUUGGGCUUCCUCCGGCUCGAGGGACCCCAAUAGGCAUGCCCCCUCCAGGAAUGAGACCCCCUCCACCAGGAAUUAGAGGUCCACCUCCCCCAGGAAUGCGUCCACCAAGACCCUAGGAUACUGUUGAUCCUUCUUAGUCACUUUUUCCCUGCAAUGCGUCGUGUAAAACCGUGUAGAGUGUUCGUGAGCUUUUUGUCUCCUCUUUGCUGCAUUAAUAUUAGCUAAUAAUAAAUACAUAGAGCAAUUAAA